UGUUUACAACCAGUGCUGCCCAUCGCCGUGAUUGCUGGCAUUACCGAUAGCAUGGUAGCCCUGGUUUCCGUCUUGCACCGUUAUGUUUGGGAGCUUUGGAAAAUGACUGAAAUAAAUGCUCUCAGCUGCGUGGGUCAGGACGAUGUAGUUUCCCUGCGCAUUGUCUGCACCUUAGCUCGCGACAAGCACGACCUGGAACAGUUGGACAGCUAUGGAAACACUGCCUUGUUGAAGGCCUGCUACCUCGGACGUCUCGAGUGCGCCCGCACCCUUCUCGAAUUCGGAGGCAAUAUAUUUGCCAUCAACUACUUUGGCCAAAACGCCCUGACCCUGGCCACCUAUGCUGGUCAUUUGCCCCUGGUUCAGGAGCUGUUGCGCCGGCGAUCUUAUAAGGACUUUAAUCUGUCCUCGUUGAUUCCGGCCCUCUGCGUGGCCACCGUGCAAAAACAUGCCGAUCUGGAGCUGUUCUUCGCACAAUUGGACCCGGGAGGAGUGAAGGAAACUCAUACGGUUCAUGGCCUUGGAGUUCAGGAGUUGCGGGGUAUGGCUGUCAAGGCAAAGCGUUUGAGCCCGGAUUCUCCACCCACAUUUAUUCGACACCGUUUCCGUUGAUAGCCUGGAUUUCGUUUAAUGUUUGCAAUUUGUCUAUUUUAAAAUGUGAAAAAAAGUGUUUUAAAAUUA